AUGUCAAAAGUUUCUGAAGGCGUUAAGGCGAAGGCCUUGAGAUUGAUUGGAUGUUCGCCACGUUUCAACCACUUUCCUCCUUUUACCUCCGUCCAGACCGGGUCUGAAGCCGCGAUCUUUAUGUUUCCUGAUGGAGCACUGCCCGCUAGCAGCGCCCAUGGAGAAGCUCUGUGGACCCAUGUGGUGGAUUUCCGGUGCCGUGGAGCAGCGGCUCUACCCCUGCAGGAUGGACCGAUGGACCGAUGGACCUCCGGCGACGUGUUCGGAGCGGCGAGGACAUGGCGCAUGUUCUGCGACUGCCUUGGACAUCAUCAGAGAGACCAGCACUGGAGCCGUGGAGCCGGCAGCCCUGAGUUUAUUCGACAGCAUCUGCAAAAGGGCAAUGAAACUCAACAGCAUUUCCUAUGGGGCGGUGCUAGAUGCAUGUGA